AUGGCGUCUGGAUCUUCUCUCCUGGAAGAGGAGCUCUCCUGUCCUGUGUGCUCUGAAAUCUUCAGGGAUCCUGUUGUCCUGAGAUGCAGUCACAGCUUCUGUAAGGCCUGUCUGCAGCAGUACUGGGAUCAGAAGGGAUCUCGAGAGUGCCCAGUUUGCAGGAGAAGUGCUUCUAUGGAUUAUCCUCCAAUUAGCCUGUCUCUGAGGAAUGCCUGUGAGGCGUUCUUAAAGGAGAGAAGUCAGAGAGCUAAAGCAGGAUCUGAAGUGCUCUGCAGUCUGCACAGUGAGAAACUCAAACUCUUCUGUUUGGUGGAUCAAAUACCCGUCUGUGUUAUCUGCCAAACUUCAAGAAAACAUGAAAACCAUAAAAUGCUACCAGUUCAGGAGGCUGCAGAAGAGUAUAAGGAGAAACUCAGGACUGCACUGGCUCCACUGCAGGAGAAGCUAAAAGCCUUCAAUGCAGUGAAACGAAUCUGUGAUCAAACAGCAGAGCACAUCAAGAGCCAGGCCCAGCACACAGAGAGACAGAUAAAGAUGGAGUUUGAGAAACUUCAACAGUUCCUAAAAUAUGAAGAGGCAGCCAGGAUCACUGCACUGAGGGAGGAAGAGGAGCAGAAGAGUCAGAAGAUGAAGGAGAAGAUUGAGAAGAUGACAGAAGAGAUAUCAUCCCUUUCAGAACAGAUCAGAGCCAUAGAACAGGAGCUGGGAGCUGAAGACAUCUCAUUCCUGCAGAGCUACAAGGAUUCACAGAACAGAGCCCAGUGCACACUGGGGGAUCCAGAGAAGGUCUCAGGAGCACUGAUUGAUGUGGCCAAGCACCUGGGCAAUCUGAAGUACAGAGUGUGGGAGAAGAUGCUGGGGACUGUUCAAUACACUCCUGUGACUCUGGACCCAAAUACAGCACAUCCCAAACUCUCACUGUCUGAGGAUCUGACCAGUGUGAGAGACAGUGAUGAGAAACAGCAGGUUCCUGAUAAUCCAGAGAGAUUUGAUUGGUGGGGUUGUGUGCUGGGCUCUGAGGGAUUCAGCUCAGGGAGACACUGCUGGGAUGUAGAAGUGGGGGGUGAGGACUGGUUCAUGGGUGUGGUUAAAGAGUCCAUCAGCAGGAAAGGGGUUGUUGAUCUGAGGCCAGCAGGAGGAGUGUGGGGUAUAUUUAAAUAUGGCAGUGGGAAAUACGCAGCCCUGACCUCUCCAUCUACAGCCCUCACUGUGCAGAGGGAACUCCAGAGGGUCAGAGUGCAGCUGGACUGGGACAGGGGGGAGGUGUCAUUUUCUGACCCCCGUAACAACACUCCUCUCUACACUUUUAAACACUCCUUCACCAAGAGACUGUUUCCAUUCUUUAAUUUUUCUUCUCUCCAGACUCGUAUACAGAUCUGUCCAAUGAAGGUGUCUGUAACAGUGGAGUAG